GUGUCUUUUUAUCACCAAGCAAAAGCCUUAAAAUCCAAUGAAUUUGAUGGAGAAUGGGACGAGUAUUUUGAGACGUUCAUCGACGGUGAAAUUUCAUUUGGUUCUUGGUUUGACCACGUUCUUGGCUGGUGGUCUCAUCGUGACGACCCCAACAUUCUGAUCUUGAAAUACGAAGAUUUGAAAAAGGACCUUCCCUCUGCUGUAACUCAAAUAGCAAAGUUCCUUGAGAAGGAAUUGUCUGAACAAACCAUUCAACUGAUUGCAAAACAAACYACYUUUGACGCCAUGUCAAAAUUUAAACAUUUUCACGAYGAUGAAAAGCMGAAUCAGUUCGAAAGGAAACCAGGAUCAACGAGAUUCCUACGUAAGGGUGAGGUAGGAGACUGGAAAAACUACUUCAMCGAGGAACAGAAUCAACGAUAUGACGAGCUGUWYGAAAGGAAAAUGGCUGGAAGUGGUUUAGAAUUGGAAUUUUCAUGAAGCCAUUGAAACCUCUGAAUAAUAAUAAUAAUAAUAAUAAUAAUAAUAAUAAUAAAAUAAUAAUAAUGAUCAUCAUCAUCAUCAUCAUCAUCAAUGUUGAUGAUAAUGAUAAACAAUUAAUCCUUAAUCGUACUCUGUAGGUAGCAUGUUCAGAUGGCAGGAAAAAUACAAUCGGUUUACAUGAGAAAGAAUUCAAUUCUCGAAAGCAAAGGGAUGUUAUUGUUCUGCCRUCUAACCACAGGCAGUCCAAGCUGUAUUAUGGGUGACGGCACGCGAUGGUGCAAAUCCUCUAUUUUAUAAUUAGUAUGGGAAAUAAGCUUGCGCACGGCCAACAACGACAGACGUUAAAAAGUAAACAAGAAUGUGUUAUAAUUACCAA